GAGAUCUGACAACCAAUUAUCGCACGUGCGUCCACGAUUUUCAGUUGAGAAUGUAACUUAGUUGCGAAGUAGAUUCUCCUUCAUGACGAUGAUCAUAAUCAUUUGAUUGGAGAUAGGAUUGAAUAGGAAACUUGCAUCAAUCGUAAUCCCAAGAAUCAAGAUUUGCAUCGUCAUGAGUAGAAAAGUGUACUGCAAUUAGAACCCAGUGAAACAAAUGUGAGACUAUCGCUCUUAUCCGUGUAAUGAAGACAUUAACGACCGCGGAAGAUCCUUUAAUUUUCUUUUUGUUCCACCCGGCCACAAUUAAAUUAAUUCCGUGCGUCGCAUAAAAAAACCACAAAAAAAAGGAGCCGGAUAUCCGGCUUUUCUGACAGUUCCUCUUUUUGUUUCGGCUUUCUUUUAAUUUUAUUUGUCGGAACAUGGAUUGAGCCAAGCGAAGAUGACAAUUUUACAUUCCUGCUGUUUUUGGAGAUCCGUUCGGAAAGGGAGCUACGUCUGUGGAUAUUAUACUGGGAUUUGGUAUCUGGUGACAUCGUUACAAGCAUCAAUACAAUUACAUGAGGAAAUUAAAUAUUUUGUGACAAACUUCAAUCUAAAACCGAGGACUUCUUUUAUUAACCACGAAAACACUACAACAACUACCAUUGUCUUUACUGCUCUAUUGUUGUUUACGUCAGUCAUCGGAUUCUUCACAUGUCUGAUUUUGUUAUACGGAAUAUAUAAGGAUCGCAAGAUUCUUUUAAUACCAUGGAUUACCGUCCUAAGCGGAUUUAUUUUAACUGACUUAAUCUUCAUAGCAUACAUCUUCUGGACCCACACACGAUCAAAUCCCAUUACCAGUAUUAUAAUUACUACGGACCUAUUUAUUAAUGCCCUAAAUAUAUAUGCCUUAUUAUGUGUGAUAUCCCAAUAUCAAGAAUUAAAAGCUGGACGAGGCAGAGCUUCCGAUGAUUUAAAUAAUAGGAUUCCAAAUAUUCAAUACAGCUCGCAACCAACAGCAACCAGUUACUUGAGCACGAGAAGACCAAUUCCUCAAGAUUAUAGACCGACGCCCACUCAAAGUCCUUCAGGUGAGAUCUCAGGUACUGCGCCAAGUUUAGCCAUAGAGGAACCGUCACCAGUACCGAAUCAUCGAGGACCUAGAAAAUCCGUAAAGUUUCCAGACAAUUCGGGUACAGGUCAGAAUGGUUCACAACUGUUAGACCCUUGGACCUUAGAUGUAAAGUCGCCUAUGCUUUUAUCAAAAGCUGGUGACACUGCGCCGCUAAUCGAAACCGUUUCAGACGGCCCUGUACAUACGGCUGUGUAAAUAGAUAAUUGUAAUUUUUUGUUUUGAAAAUGUGUACUCUAUUAUUUCUUCAGUUACUUACAAGCACAAUGGUUUAAAAAUAAUGUAAGUGAACCAAUACAUAAACUUAAAGUAAGUUUCGAAAUGUAAUUAUGGUGUAAAUUAAUGUUAUAUAAACCAGAUACACACCAUAAUGGACAAUUGAGACUUUUAUUUUGUACAUAUUCCAUGAUUUUGAAUUGCAUAAGAGUCAAAAUUUGUACGCCUUAAACGUAAGUGUAGCAAUUACAUAUAAACUAUAAAUUAUCUUUCUGACUACUUUUUUCAUACUUAAUAUCCUCAGUAUACUGCCGUAACACAUAUCUUCUAUAUGUAUUUUAAACAUUUUAAGUAUAUCUACAGAAACUAAUUAAUCAAAGUGUAAAAUUUUGACUCCUUCAAUGUCACCCUAUUCUUAGAUAGCCACAUAAUUAAAUUGUAAGAGAAAAUUGAUAUUUUGUACCAUAUUACAUAAAAUCUUCCUAUUUAUACUUUAUAAAUGUUUUAUACAAUUAAAAAUCGUAUAU